UCAGUUUCGGAGCGUUCGGUGGUGCAAGCAGCGGAGUUACACACAUUUUCAAUCGAGGCCUAAAAGCGAACGAACGAACUAACGAACGAACGUUGUUGUUUUGUUUUGGUUUGGUUUGGUUUGGUUUUGUCGCAAAUUUCGCGCGAUUUUUUGUGCGACAGUGUGUGUGCGUGCGUUUAUUUUAUUUCGCACACUUGCGACAGGGGCAACCCCAGGAUCUGUCGCCUGUCCUGUCCUCGCUCGUGACUCAGACUUUUCCUCUGCGGAUCCUGCGGAGCGUACGUAUUUGCGGCUUCAAUUCGUUUUGUCUGUCGGUGUGACGGUGUGGCGGUGUGUCGUUGUGUCUGUGUGUGGCAGCCAGCCGGCAUAUCCGUAUUGUUGUUGGCCCAUUGUAAUUGCAGUCAGUGUGGCAAAGGCGAAAGCAAACGCAAAGGAAAAGGCACUGGCAACGCGGCGUAUACUUGACAUUUUCGCCGCCAAAUUGUGCGAUUUCUUCAGCUCGCUCAACUCGUUCAGCUCCUUGAGCUUCGUCCUGGGCGUCCUGGGCGUCCCGUUCGUCCUGUUCGUCCUGUUCGCCCCGCUCGUCCUCCUUGUCCUGACUCCUUGUGACAUUGGCAUGAAAACGUGAAAAGCCCUCAAAAUCCGCUAUUCCACUGUGUUCGCAAUCCAUUUGCCUGCUGCCCUGGACGGGCAAACAAAUUUUUGCAAUUCAAUUUCUAUUGUGCAUUGCCGAUGCGAAAUGUGCGCAUCGUUUGCUGUCAAUGCCAAGUAUUCCGCAUAAAAAAUUGAAAAUUGCAUGCAAAUUAAAUAAAUAGACAUCCGAGGACCGUGAGGAACAGCUGAGAUAGACACUCAAGACCCUACCCCAUCUGUAGCUGUAGCUGUUGCUGUUGCUGUAGCCCACUACAAAUAUCGUUGCGAAAAUGACAGUUGUGAGUUGUGGCUCAGAUUUGGCUUCGCAUGCGGGGCGCAAUCACAGCAAACGUCAUUAGCACUCGCGACACCGCCUUCGAUUGGUAGCAAAAAGGGGGUCAGGAGCAGAAGGAAGAAGGAACAGCAGAUCCUGCCGCAGGAUUCAGCAGCCAGGAGCCAGCAGCCAGCAGCCAGCAGCCAGGCACGAACAACUUCACAUUUGCAUAACUUUGGUGCAGCUCCGGCGUUCAGAUUCCGAUUCACAGAUGUCAAUGGGCGUGGCAGUGGGACGUGUAGCGUACCAACUGAAAAUCAAAGCCCAAUUGGCACAAACACGCGGUAAAUAGAAUUCGCAAUCGGAAUCGGAAUUGAAAUAGGAAUUCGCAUUCAAAUUCAAAUUCAAAUGCAAAUGCAAAUGCAAAUAGAAAUAGAAAUUGCCACGAGACCCCCACAGAAAAAAACUAGCAACUAAAAUACCCAUAAAAUAAUAGGAAAACAAAGAGUGCCAAGAGAAGCAGCUGCUGCAGCAAAUAAAAGAACCGCAACAGCAGUUUCAGCAGCAGCAACAACAGCGACCACUCCGCCAACAACGACAACAACGACAACAACAACAACAACAACAGCACAAAUAACAACAAUAUGGAGAAGCUGCUGCAAUCGACGCUGUUUGUCAUCCUGAUAAUGGCCACAAAAUGCGGCAGUGGCUCGACCCAGAACCAGCAUCACGAGAGCAAUUCCCAGCUGGAUCCCGAUCCGGAGUUCAUAGUUAUCAACAACGUCACAUAUCCGGCAGGACGCGAGGCCAUCCUGGCCUGCUCGGUGCGGAAUCUGGGCAAGAAUAAGGUGGGCUGGCUGAGAGCAUCCGAUCAGACGGUAUUGGCUCUUCAAGGUCGCGUGGUCACCCACAAUGCGAGAAUCAGCGUCAUGCACCAGGAUAUGCAUACUUGGAAACUAAAGAUCAGCAAACUGCGUGAAAGUGAUCGGGGCUGUUAUAUGUGCCAAAUAAACACGAGUCCCAUGAAGAAACAAGUGGGCUGCAUCGAUGUGCAAGUGCCACCGGAUAUCAUAAACGAGGAGUCCUCCGCCGAUCUGGCCGUGCAGGAAGGCGAGGAUGCCACGCUGACCUGCAAGGCAACGGGGAAUCCCCAGCCGCGAGUCAUCUGGCGCAGGGAAGAUGGCGAAAUGAUUCUCAUUCGCAAGCCAGGCAGUCGAGAGCUCAUGAAAGUGGAAUCCUACAAUGGAUCCUCGCUGAGGCUGCUUCGUCUGGAAAGGCGUCAGAUGGGCGCUUACUUAUGCAUAGCCUCCAACGAUGUACCACCUGCUGUCAGCAAACGAGUUUCGCUGAGUGUGCAAUUUGCCCCGAUGGUGAGGGCCCCCAGCCAACUGCUGGGCACGCCCUUGGGCUCCGAUGUGCAGCUGGAAUGCCAGGUGGAGGCCUCGCCCUCGCCCGUCUCCUAUUGGCUGAAGGGAGCGCGGACGUCCAACGGUUUCGCCAGCGUAUCCACGGCCAGCCUGGAGUCCGGCUCGCCGGGCCCCGAAAUGCUGCUCGACGGGCCCAAGUACGGGAUAACGGAGCGGCGCGAUGGCUAUCGGGGCGUCAUGCUGCUGGUGGUGCGUUCCUUCUCGCCCUCCGAUGUGGGCACCUAUCACUGCGUCAGCACAAACUCGCUGGGCCGUGCCGAGGGCACAUUGCGGUUAUACGAAAUCAAGCUUCAUCCGGGCGCCUCCGCCAGCAACGAUGAUCAUCUGAACUACAUCGGAGGUCUCGAGGAGGCGGCUCGAAAUGCGGCCAGGAGCAACCGAAGGACGUGGCAGCCCCUGCUCGCCAUGCUGAUGCUUCUGUGGAUGAGGCUGAAACUGAGAGCCGGGGGAGCGUGAUAUCAAAACUGAGAGAAGCAGAG